AAAACCGUAAUUGACCACCGAGCUAAGAGAGUGUCGUACCAGGGAAGAAACGACUGACCCCAUGACGAAAGGGCCCAUUAGGUAAGCGUCCAUCCGCUCCACAACGCACUUAUUUGCUCACAACGAACGUAAUUGGCAUUUAAAUAGCAGUUGUGCACGCCGCUCCCCAUCCUCCGUCCCUUGUCAGCCACUAAUCACCACCACACAGAGCAAAGACAUUAGGCUACCACGUAUCGAUACUCGCCCCUACACUCCCGCCGCCGCCAGGAUAGCCCUCCCUCUCCUGGCUCAGUGCCUCUCGCGCUGCAAACCACAUCGCUAGUUUGCGCUUCCCUCUCCCUCACCCUCACUUUCAGUCCUGACACCUCUCUCUCUUUCCCUCACCUCUGUCCUUGGGGCGUCUCUCUCUUUCUCUUUCACAUUCACCCUCAUCCUUACCAGCCACCAGCGGCCUCGUGUGCUCUUCGUGUCGGCGUAACAUUCAGUGCGCCCUUCGCCUUUGGUUGCCGUCCUUGGUGUCACUGGCACCUCAUGAUCUUGACGAGACUGGCACCUAUUGGACUUUAGUUGGACAGUUCUUAGGUGCCAUCAGUGCAUCUGUCAACUGGAAACCUGAAAUUAAAAGUUCUGUCACUGUUCGCAGUUGUCAUUUUGCCGCUACAACAACCGAUUCCGAGAACUUCCGUCACUGCAGGCACCGAUAAGUCACUGCGAGGACCGUGAGCCUUCUCAGUGCUCCUGGAACAUAAUAACGAGCUGCAUCACUACAACUCCUCGUACUCAAGUGCCUCGAACCAUUGACUCGCGUGCCCAAGAUGUCCAGCAGCCAGACUCAGGCGAGGGCGGUGACGGUGGUGCGGGUGGCGGUGAUAACAGCGGCGGCGGCGGUCACUUGCCUGUCCUCCGCGGCGGUGGCUGAGAGCUUGAUCUCAACUCUGCCUCUGCCCUCCGAUGGCGUGCAGGUGGAGGAGCUGGUGUUCCCGUUGGGGGUGAAGGGCGGGGCCGUGUUGGCGGGCGAGGCAGCAGGAGGCGAUUCAGCAAUGCAGCAGCCCCUCAGCUUUUGCCUGUGGGUGAAGGCUGCUCUCAGCACCGCCACUGCUAGGAUUUUGUCCUACUUUUACAAGGAUCUCGUCAUCUUCGUUGCUCGCUCGGGCGCCAUGAUCUCCGUCAGGACAAAGACACGACAGAUGGACAUACACGAAUGGACGCUCUCGCCCCGCACGUGGCACCAGCUGUGUCUUCUGCGAUCCCCGGAAAACCAUGUCAUAUUGCUGCUUGAAGGACGCGCCUAUGAGGGAAAGCCCUACCCUGCCAAUGAUUCCAAAGUAGAAUAUCGUUUUGACAGAAACCAGAAAGCCAUCGCUGCCUUAGCGAAAAACGCUGCAGAUGUCAGCGGCAAAAACUUCACCAACAUUCCCUUGAUCGUCCUCGGGUCGCUCGUGUCACGGUUUGAUUCUCCUGUCGGGCGCUUGGCCGACUUGAGGGUGUAUACGAGGCUUCUCUCGGAGGCUGAAAUGGCAGCCAUGAGGAAGUGUAGCAUCAGGUCACCGAAAGGCAGCAAGCUGGAGGUAGUGUACACGACGGAGGCUGCAGUGCUCCGUUCGGUCCCCAUGCAGUCUUUGUGCAGCGCCAACAGGAUGCACGUGGUAACCUACACAGUGUAUGCGAAGCAUACAGAAACGAAGGCCCUCUGCAACAAGAUCGGAGGCGAGUUGCCCGCUCCACAAAACUUCGACGACCUCAUGAAAAUUGCUGACAUACUUCCAGAAUACAGCAAGAAAACGGAAAUGUACUUCUGGCUUAGUAACACUACUAACAGGGAGGCGCUGGGCAUGAGUCAAGAGUGGUGUGUCGCACAGGACCUGCGUCAUGGCGGCAGCCUGCCCAUGAGCGUGCCUUGCAGCUCGUGGGCGCGGGACUUCGUCUGUUUUAUUGCAUACGGCAAGUCGGUGCACCUGCUGCACUCUAACCAAGAUGUUGAGAUGUUCUUUAGUGACGUGGGAGAGAACUACCUCCUAGUGAGUGACCUGGGCUACUCCCUUACUGCCGAAAACGAUUCUUUCGUCAUACGCAACCUGGUAGGCGGCCGGCUUGGGCAGCGCGAGGGGCAACAGGUCACGGACAUCAUUGGCCUUAGAGAGUGGGUCAUCGCUGGGGACGUCAGAUACAGCAUCACCCUCAGCACCUGCCAGGAGGACGAGUUUACCUGCAGCAAUGGGGACUGCCUUGCCUUGAAGCGCCGCUGCGAUAAAUUCCCUGACUGUUCCGACGGCUCCGACGAGGACAACUGCCGGUACCUCCAGCCCCCGCCAGCCAACUACCGUUCCUUCUUGCCGCCCUCCGACAACACGGCCGUCACCCUCACCGUCAACAUCACCGACAUCCACGACAUCAACAUGAGGGAGAGUCAGCUGGGCAUCUCGGUACAGGUGGAGCUGGGCUGGAUGGACCCGCGCCUCACCUUCACCGACAUGGCGAGCAAGACGAGGCUCGACGAAGCCCUCGACCUAAUCUGGAAGCCGACCAUCGUGUUCGUCGGGGCCAAGUACGAGGAUAACGUCAACCUGCAGCAAGGCGUCAACAUCAUGAGGUUGCUCUUCGCCGAGUCGUCCACCAUGGGCGUCCCGGCGGUCGUCAACAGUUCAAGGGCCCUCAAGCAGGAGGGUGACCAGGUGCGUCUCAUCCUCGAACUGUUCCUGGACCUGAGCGUCGCGUGCUCCUACGACCUGCUGCUGUACCCGUUCGACGUGCAGGAGUGUGGCCUCACCCUCCAGCUGGCCUCCGAGCUGACGGGCGACACCCACUGGGACCCUCUCGACCUACACACCAACCACGACCUGCCCCAACCGGCCCUCUACGGCGCCUCUUCCGUCAGACUGGUGCGCCUCUCCAAGACGGAGGUGGUCCUCAGGUUCCUGCUGGAGCGGUGGUUCGGGUCGUACAUGCUCACCUCGUACCUGCCGUGUCUCAUCCUGCUAGUGAUCGGCACGGCCACGCAGCUGUACCCCGUGACGGCUGUGUCAGACCGCGUGAUGGUGACGCUUUCCUGCCUCAUCGUGCUCGCUUCGCUGCUGGCACAGGCCAGCGCCUCGUUGCCGGGGUCCGCCAGCUCCAAGGCCAUCGAAGUGUGGUUCUUUUAUACCAUUGCCCGCAUGUUCCUCGUGUCGAUGGUGCACACGGCUGUCUACCGCUCCGACCCCACGGCACCUGAGGCGGGGGUGAUGAAGGUACAGACACCGCUGCUGCUGAAGGUGGUGUCGCCGGGCAGCGUGGCGCCGCGCAUGAAGCCUCAGAGGCGGCCGCCGGAAUACUCGCGCAUCGAGAGGAUCAACCACAUCGGUCUCCUGGUGGGGCUGGCGUUCGAUGUGGUCUUCAUCCUCUCGUAUUGUGCCUACGUCAUCACCAUCAGGAACCGCAUCUUUCUGGCCUAGCAAGAUUUAUUUGCUUUAGGUGCGGGGGGAAGACUACCUGUAAAGAGACCCCAAAGAGUGUUUCAUCGGGCCGUGGAGGUUUCUAUGGGCUGUGUAGUGCAGGAAGUUUUCUUUGAGGCACAGGAGAGGUUACAUGAAACUACCCGUAAAGAGCCCCCAAAAGAGUGUUGCAUCGGGCCGUGGAGGCUUCUAUGGGCUGUGUAGUGCUCAGGAAGUUUUCUUUGAGGCACAGGAGAGGUUACAUGAAGCUGCAUGGAUAUGAAGUAAAGUUUUCUGAUUUGUAUAUAGCACAGCCAGGUCCCUAUGACCGUGUAAACACCGAGGCACGCUCCCUUGCACCAUAUAGGGCCGAGGAGGCAGACACACAGUGCACCUCAAGGAAGAUAGACGUUCAUGUAGCCAAAGCUAGACACAUAUAUAGACACUUAAGGAGACUCGGAACAACUAUUUUAAGGGGCAGUUUGGACACCUUCGGCAGCUCCCUUGCAACACUUAAAGGUUUACGAGGCGGCGUUACUUAUCACUUUGCCGUGCGAGGCUUUUUAUGACUUAAAUACUUAACUUGUGAGAACACCACUUACUUACAAGUAAGUGGCUGCACUUACACGCCCGGCUAAUUGGAAGGCAUAAAAUUGUCUUGUAAACUUGAGCUGCAACAGAAUAUAUAACAAGGAUGCAAUUUCCUAGUUUUUAUUUUGUUUUAAUUUGGCUUGGUUGUAGGUUUAUGUUCCUCUACCACGUUCGUUUUGUCCUUAAUAGCCACAGGAAUAUAAUAGCAAAUAAGAUUUUCAUAUAUUUUGCCAAAGUGCAGCUGUAAAUAUUUAGGAUUAUAUUUUCCACCUUCUUAACUUUCACUGUGCCGUCAUUGCCUUGUUUCUGGUGUUGGUGCAAAUAUAAGAUAAAUAGCCUCGGUAUUUUUUUGUGUCAAAUUCCGUUCCCCACACGAGGCAUGCACAUUUUCCUUCACCUGCGCUUUCUCUUGAUUUUUGUUACUGAAGACAGAUUUAAAUACAAAAUUAAGCCACGAAAACAAA